GUUGCAAAGCUUCAUAGCAAAGGAGGCGUUUAAACGACAGUAAUCCAGCAUGACAGAUGUCAAGGAGAAGACGAAGAAAGAUGAGUCACUAUCUACAUCCAAGAUCACUGACUUCUUUCCAAAUGACGGAAAGUCACAGAGUAGCCCAGGGCCAUGUACUGCAGGGCCAAAGAAAUCUAGGAAGCAAAAAGCACGGCCCAAAGUUACUGGAACUAAAUCAGAUUCCACUGCAAAGCCAGCUAAGUCUGUGGAUGCAAACAGAGUUGCUCAUGAAGACACUCCUCAACCUGUAACACAAAGCUCAGACAUAGCACAGUCUGACUGUACCCUUGAAACCACUUCCACUGCAACCACAUCAUCUCAGCAUCCAACGACAAAGAGUGCACCUCCUCCCAGCAAAUCCAAGUGCAGUCAUAAACAGACAAGCACCAAAGUCAAAAAACGAGAGACAGAACCCCAACAACCAAUCACAGAUUUCUUUCCUAUACGUCGUAGUGGUCGUAGAUAUACUAGCAGAGAGCUCAAGAAUGAGAAAGAGAAAGAACUGCAUCAAAAGAUUCUUUCUUGCUGUGAAGAGGGCUUAGAGGUUGUUGAUAUUGAAGGUAAAGGUCGAGGGGUUGUGGCAGCUAGGAACUUUGAAAGAGAUGAAUUCAUUGUGGAGUACGCAGGAGAACUGGUAAACAUCACCACAGCUAAACAGCGUGAGAGUCUGUAUGAAUUAGACGAACAAGUGGGCUGCUACAUGUAUUACUUCAUCUAUCAGAACAAGCAAUAUUGUGUUGAUGCCACAGCAGAAACAGGAAAACUUGGUAGACUGCUUAAUCAUAGUCGCAGAGGAAACUGCCAUACAAAAGUGGUUCCAGUGAACAGUCGCCCUUACCUUGUGCUUGUUGCUUCACGGGACAUUGAGAAGGGAGAAGAACUGACAUAUGACUAUGGAGAUAGAAGUCAAACUGCUAUACAAUCACACCCUUGGCUUAAAUUGUAGUCUGAUAGAUCUUAGCUAAAACUGACAAGUUCUUCAACUUAAAUGUUGGAAAAAGACUUUCCUUUGUGGAACUGUUAAUGGAGUUUUAGGAAUUGCUAGUGAAAGACAUGACAUUGUAAGAGUGUAAAUGGUUCACUGUUUGUGCAUCUUAGUGUGGACAUAUUUGUUUGGUGGUGUGUGUGUGCAGGCAUGCGCAUGUACAUGUGUGUGUGAGAGAAAAGCUGCCUAUCUUUAUAUAAAGUUAUGUCUGUUAAAAGUAAUGUCUGCCCAGAACAACAUAUGGUCCCGGGAUUUUUAGUUACUGUGCAGCAAAACAAUGAAACUCUCUCCCUUUCCAUACCCGCCACCUACCCACAAUUGAAUCCUUCCAAUCUGCACUGAAAACGCACCUGUUCCUUGAGCAUUACAACAGUCCACACAAUUCUAGUUCUUUUUCACCCCUCUUCCCCGUUUUCCACUUAUUGCUUUCCUACUCAACUUUCUCUGCAGAAUCACGACAUUCUCAGUUUUUGUUACUUUGUUCCUCUUUGCAUUUUCUAUAUUUGUCUUUUAUUCGUCUUCAGUGCUGUUAUUUAUUCUUCCGUCCCUCGUUUGAUGUCCAUGUCGCAUUCUUGCUUUAAGCGCUAAGAGCAUGCUCCUUACAAGUAUGAAUAUGCGCUGUACGAAUCAUUUAUUUAUUAUAAGCAAAGUUCAUGGGUAGAAGUGAAUGCAGGCCAGAUCGGUGAUUGCGGACAUAAGAAGUUACGUGACUGACAAAAAUAAUGUGCAUCUCAUCAGAUGUGUAAAUUAAGGCUCCUUUUGAGAAAAAUACAUAUUGAGCGUACAAACAGUAAAUACAUCUGGAAAUGUUCCCUGAUAAAGCACAUUAUUAUCCGUGUUUGUAGAAUUUAACAAUGAAAUUGAACAUAAUAUUGCAAAUAAGUUAUGUGUGUGUUUUUUAAUCAAAGAGUAACAUUGAUUGCACCAGUGUGUCCAAAUUAUGACUCUCUUGUUCCAUGAAUACACGAACACGUACUGGUUCAACGUCUUCUGCCCACGCCCCGACCCCUUUCCCUCACACAUCGAUUGCUAUGAAAUGACUCAUGUAGGGCAUCAUACUUUUCCCAACUGACCUAGCUGUUGAAAGAGUAUCAUAUCCCUUAUUACGUUGUUGUUUAAGCAAGGUAGAGAGGAAAAGCUGGGCCCCUAGAAAAGUUCCAAUGACCGAAAGGCUAAUUUACCAUUUUUACAUUAUAAACUGGAGUCGGUGUUGGCGACAUCAAAAUGUUAAGGGUGACAUGCCACACUAUAAAAUGUGAGCUCUCCUAAAAGUAUACACUUGUGUGCAUUUUCUCCAUCCACAUAAAAAGCUAGAAAGGGUGGUGUUUUUUUUUAUUUUGUUUGUUUCUGGUUUUUUUUUGGGGUGGGGGGUGGGGGGCCAGUUUUAGAUGGAAAUAUAAACUCGCUCCUUUCCAAGGCUGAAAACGUGAUUUUCUUGAUUGUUAUUCCUGUCUGUCUCCAGUGUGCGAGAGAACUAUGAAUGUCACGAUGGCAUCCCUGCUAUUAUGGGCGUGACUGUCAUGGGUUUUUGCCUGUGAAAUCCUUUGCUAAGUGUCCAUUUUAACAAGCAAUAAAUUUGGUAUACCAAAAUGUUUUCUUUAAA